GCCGCGCCAUGUCGCGUGCUCCAUGGACCGGUAAUCUGUAUUGCAUUCAUUCACAUAGUAAACAAUCACUUUUACAUCAUUAAAAGUGUGGGUCAACACAUUGUUCGGCUGUGCACUGUACGUAAACUGGAAGACAUACACAACAGCCUGUUAGAACGACAAUUUAUAAUAUUAAGUAAGGGGACGGAGGUAAAGUUACGAAGGCGAUACAGUGCAAUGCGACAGACAAGUAAUGUUGGCGGUGUAGCGGCGUUGAUAGGCACCUUUAAGCAGUCAUAGUCGCGCUCUCGCGGGUACGGCCGCGUCAGUCGGCAUGCGUCACGCCCGCUCGCGAGUGUUGUGAAUUACGCAGUGCUGUUGUAAACGCGCUCCUUAUACUAUAACGCUCCUCUUAUAGUAUCGUACGAGUGCUUCUUCGCUUAAAAAUGCUGAUGGUUCAGACUAAUACACAACCUAUGAAGAGCAAUAAACUCAAAGGACCGCCACCUGUACCACCACGACCCAACCAAAGUGUGGUGGCAGAGGCUCUAGCCAAAACGAGGAAGGCCGUUGCCGAAUCGAAGGCCAACCUGUCAAAGUCUCGCACUUUACCAAGACAAGAACAACAAUGCAAUUCGACGAAAGCCAAAACUUUGGACAGGAAUACUAAAACUAGUAAACCAACCGUAUCUCCUAAACAAAAUGGUUUGGCGCGCGUUAAGUCAUUCAUUAGAGACGUUAUUAGCGAUAGAAGUUCCUCGUCGGACGAGAAAAAAUCAAGUGGCCAAAACUCCAGAAGAAGUUCGAGUGACAGUAGCCCGAUACCGACACCGGCAUCAAACAAAAGGUCAAAUGAAUCAUUAAAUUCCAAAGCGGUAAAGACAUGUAAACAAAUCUUAGUACGAUCACUUUCCACAUCGAACAAGUUAGAUCAGGACGCAAAAUGUAAAGUUUCAAAAUCGUCCAGUUUCGCCGAAAAAACAUUACCUUUAAGGAAAGCACCUCCUCCUCCGCUGUCUCCCAAACCUAAAUUAAAGCCAAUGAAACCAUUACCUGUACAGUUAAAUGUGAAUGAUAGUCCUAAGCAGUCGCCGGAAAUAAGUCCCUAUUCUACACCAGUAGAUGCGAAACCUCCACAAAGUCCGAUUUCAGAAGCACCCUACGCUACAGUAGAAGAAGUUCAAGAAUUCGAUGACAGAUUACGCAACAGCCCAUCGAAACAAGUCAAUAACCUCACUGAUUCACAGGACGGUCUUAAAUGUCCUAAUCUCGAUGAAAAUAUAAACAAAAAUAACAACUCGUUGGAACGAAAAACAUCUCGAGUCACGGAAAUGUUAAUUUCAGAGCUUCUUGCGAGUAGAAAUACCAAUAAAAAUGAAGCUAACGCUGUUAUAGAUAAAGGAAAGGAUUCUCAGAAUCUCAGCAAUGGUAAUGAUUCUCCGGAGAUCAUGAAAGAUAUGAAUAACCAUGAGAUGUUGAUAUACGAAUUGCAAACUAUGCGUUCACAAUCAAAUGUGCCUGAAACGUUAGAUUCAAAAGAAUUAGAGAUUAAUGGUCAUUGCGAUUCAGAAGAUUCAGAAAACAAUUAUGCGAUGUCUUCAGUAACUAGUGGAAAUAUGGAAACAGAUGACGGAUAUGAUCAAGCAUAUGCUUACAUAUUAGACGAUGACCUAAAAUCUAGGUUACGUAAGCAGUUUCGCGCUAUCAGCACAAUGUCACUCCAAGGUCUGCCACCCUUGCCGAAGAGUUUGAGCGGCUUCGCCGACGGGGAGCCUGAGGUGCAAGACACGUCCACUGUUAGCGACAACCCGCCCACUGACCUUGACUCUCAACUGACGUACUUGAAGAAGGAAAUGGCCAGCCUUCGGCAAUUAGACCUGUCGCUGCUAUCAGAACUGUGGACUCUCAGCGAAGCCAUGGCGUCGUGGAGGCGACAGCUGGAAAGAGGACCUCGCCUCCGGCCGGCACCGCCGCCUCCACCACCACCGCACUAUCUCAGAACUUAAGACUCCUUACCAAUAAAUUAAUUUUGAAACACAAUCCGCCUUGAUGUUUAUUUUAAUGAUCACAAACAGUUACAAGUCUAGUAGCCUACGUAGACGAAGGACAUUUUCUUCCUAUAGAUUUAUGUCGUCCACCCAGUAGCGUGAUUUUUAGUCCUGUCAUAAGAAAAUCCGUAAAUUACAAGUACACGAUUUAUAUGUAGGGAGAGUUAUGUGCAGACAAAAAAUCCUUCGUCUACGCAGGCCUUAAGUGUGAUUCGCCACGCAAUAAACUUGAACGUGAAAUGAGAAUCGUUCUUGCUAAAUUACCUCAAGUGUUUUUAAUUAAUGUGUAUUUGCGAAAAUAAAUAUACAAUCGAUUUUACAGAGAAAUAUCAAAGUUUUCACAUCCAAUAUUAUCAUUGUAUGGUGAAACUAACAUAAGGGUGUUGCCUGCUAACUUGUUUCCAUCAGGCGCUGUAGCAAUAUCACUAUUAGUUGUAUUGGUGCUUCGAUCAUUAACCGACUACAUAACGCAUCAUGAACUAAAUCCAAAUCUGUUUGUGUUACUACUGCCAAGUAACUAGUUGUAUUACUGUUUCGGUCUGAAGGGUGGGAUAUUGCAGUUAAAUUAGGAAGCGAACAUAUAAUACCUCAAAAAUUACAAUGCAUAUGGGAUACUAUGGGCAUCUCGGUGUAUUCUAUAAUGUCCACUAUGCUGUCACGAGUUGUAUUGCUUUCUACCUGGUAGGCCGUCAGCUCGUUUGUGAAAUCAAGUUGCAUAAUGUAAAACUAAAUAAAAAAAAAAUCAUAAAUAAUAAAGCACAAUUUUGUAUACAAAUGCAGACAACCUAAUUCACAAUAACCCACUCCACAACAGAAGCUAUAUAAGCUCGGCCAUUUUGAUACUUUGACAUGACAUGAGUGCAUGAAAAUUGAUGAUCGAAGGCCAUUAACGAAUACCCGCCUUUUAAAAUACCCCAGGUUGAGCUCCUUUACUACCCUUACCAUACUUAUUUGAUGUAUUGUAACCGAUAGCAAUAAUUUGUGAAAAAGAUUUGUAAAUGUAUUCUAAAAGCUGUUACUAGUUCUUUACACACGUUUCUUUAAUAUAUUUAUUUGUACUAAAUAAAGUACAUAUUAUGUAGAUGCAUAAAUAAAGUACUACUACUUUAUAGCGAAAGAAAAUUAAGUAUGUUACCUGUGCCUGUAUCAAAGGAGAAAAUGUUGAACAUUGUAAAUAUUAUGUAGUAAUAAUUUUGUAAUAAAUGAAUAUAGCAUUCAAUUUAUUAUAGUGACGUGUGUAAAAACCUUUACAAAUUGAUUUAUUAAUUUAAAUGGAUGGUUUUAUAAUUUAUCGUUGCAUGAUACUGAAAUGAGAAAGCAAAAUACAGGUAUGCAAUUUUAGAUAUAAAUAUUUUAAUUUUUCGAUAUGAUACACGUCCAUAGUUUAAUGCGACUUCUAAAAAGUACAUUUUGCUUUCAUAUUUUAUCGUUACGAUAAAAUUGUCACAUAGUAUAAUGCGUCACAGUAAAUUAUAAAAGCGUCCGUUAUCGUAUGUAGGCUUGACAACUUACUUCAAUGACUGUUGGGCAUUUAAUUAGCUCAGCAAAUAAAUAAAAGAGAUCUUACGAGUACUUCAAACAUUACAGUUCCAUCUAACAUUAAUAACAAAGUGUUACGUAGUUGUAUGUAUAUCGUGUGCAUUGUAAAAACUUAGUUGUAAGCUUAGGCAUUUUCCUAAAUAAAUAUUUAAUAACA